AUGAGUGAGCUGAUCUAUCAAACGCCGUCAGGGGCUGCGGUGGUGAUCGAUAUACCCGCGACCUUGUCGUUCGAGGAGGGAGUGAGGCCGGUGAGUUGUGAGCCGUUGAGGGAGCCAUACGCGUUGCCCGAGCCGAAGAAUGGGGCGGAGUUGAGACAAACGAGGGAGUUGGAGACGGUGCAUGAGCGAUUGGCUCCUUUCCUCAAGAAGGGAUUGGAGGAGUUGAGGGGGGUGGUGGGGGAGGGGGAGUGGUGUCUCGAGAGGACGGUGCGGGAUCUGAGCAAGGAGGAUAAGGGAUUGGUACAAUGGCAGGAUAUGAUGGAGUCGAUGCGGGGGUUUGGAGCUUACGAUGAUCAGACGUUGGUGGAUCUGACCGAGCAGGCUGAAGACACAAUAUACGACUUGUCUGACAUCUACGGGCGAAUGGUCACUAAUUCCUCCCCCCAUACACGCCUUCUUCGCAUUCGACAGCCGUCGUCAGAGGUACACGAUUACCACAUGCCCCGGGGAUGUUCGUUCUUCAUAUCACCCUUUGAGACCUCAAUCGAGCACUUCUCGAACACCACCGCAACAUUGGCAGGCUACGAUCUCAUCAUCAUGGAUCCGCCAUGGCCAAACAGGUCCGUCAAGCGCGGUACGAAGAACUACGCCCAAAUCGACAUUGCCUCACUCCUCGACAUCCCCGCUGGCCGGUGGUUACGGGAUGAAGACAGUGUCGUCGGCGUCUGGGUUACGAAUAAAGUCAAGUACAGAAAUUUCGUGGAGGAGGAGCUCUUUGAUAGAUGGGGAAUGAGGAAGGUCGGGGAGGUGGUGUGGGUAAAGGUCACGGAGGGAGGUGAACCCAUGUUUGAUAUGGAUAGUAGGAUGAGGAAGCCGUAUGAGUGCUUGAUUCUAGGACGACUAGAACGUGCGAGAACGAGUAGGCAAAAACGAAUGAAGAUGGACAGAGCCAAUGAGGGAUCAAGAAGAGAUGAUGACGCCGGAGGAGCCAUCGGGAUCAAAGUCAUCGCCGCCGUACCUGACGCACACUCUCGAAAGCCCAACGUCUCAACCGUCCUCUCCCAGCACCUGCCGAUCACACCUACCGCAUGCGAGCUUUUCGCCAGAAAUCUCCUCCCGAACUAUGUCAGCUUCGCCAACGAACCUCUCAAAUUCAUGCGAACGGAUGAAUGGGGAACAUGUCGAAAACGAUUGGCACGGGAAGGGGCAGCAGGCACGAGAAGGGAGGCGUUUUUUUUAGCUUUGCAGUAA